AUGCUUGCUAACACCACCACCUCGUUCGUCUCUCGUUUCUUCACCACGACCGCCGCCGCUUCCAAGGCCGCUUCUGCUGCUCUCCCCUUUGCCAACCUCGCCAAGGCGGAGGCCGCUCUCAAGAAGCACGAGGAGAAGCUGAAGAAGGCACAACACGACCUCUUGUUGAAGUAUGCAUCUUUGGAGAAUCAUAGAAGGGAGAGGGAAAAGCUGAUUAGGGAUGCUGAGAAAAAGCACGUGAGGGUAUUCGCAUCGAGUUUAGUGGAUGUCGCUGAUAAGAUGAACGAGGCGGGCCAACUCGCCGAUCAGUUAUCGAGUAAAGCUGAGGCUUCGGAAAAGCUGAAGAGCGUUGCUGAAGGAGUUUCCAUUGCGAGGGACUUCCUCAAAUACCAAAUAGAGUCGUUUUCUGUGGACAAGGGGGAGAAGUUUGAUGUCGCGCGCCAUGAAAUUAGUCCUGAAAGUGCGAUAAAGGAAGUGAAGAAAGGGGAGGAGGCGAUAGUUGACGGAAGUAAGGAUUGCCUCGAGGAACUGUUCUACCUGUUGGGCUCCCGAGAGGCUGUUAGUGGAUCGGUCGCGUCAGAACGAGAGCAUGGUAUUGCCUUGCUCACGGAAGCCAUCAAGUUGGCACCGGAUAAAGCGAUACUUUAUGCACUUCGAGCGAAGGCUCUCGCUCACAAUGAUAUGCUACAACGGGCGCUCUUGGAUUUCUCUAUGGCGAUUCGGUUGGAGCCGGCAGUGGCUAAGCAUUACGGAUCUAGGGGGGAUUGUUUUUCAAGGCUUGAGAGAUGGACUGAUGCGUUGGGGGAUUAUACGGAGGCGAUGCGACAUGAUAAGGAUAGCGGACGAUAUGUGUUCGACAGGGCAAGGGUGUAUUUUGAAAUCGGCGAUUACAUCUCGGCAGCUCGUGACUUCACCACGGCCUUGUCGAGGGAAUGCAGUAGUCCAUUUAAGGCAUAUCUCUGUAGAGGAAUCAGUCGGCGUCAUAAUAAGGAUGUUAAUGGAAGUGUGGAAGAUUUGAAGAAAGCGGUGGAGCUGAACGAAGCUGACACGGAUGCACAUGACCAUCUGGGAUUGUCUUUGUUCCUUGCGCGGGACUACAACGAGGCAUUAGCAGCUUUCACUAAGGCGGUCAGUGGCUGUUCUACACUUGAGGAAGGCAUGAGGAAUGCUAGGUACUUGAAUCACAGAGGGCUGGUACGGCAUCAUCUGGGAGAGUACGAGAAGGCGAUUGAGGACUUCAUCAUGAGUUUGGAACUCAACCCACACGAUCACAACACGUGCUUUAACAGGGGGAAUACUUACUGUUGUUUGGGUGAGUACGAUAAGGCUUUGGCCGACUAUGCUACUGCGAUGGAGAUUGACCCGAAGAAUGCCGAAUAUAGUCAUUACGAAGGUUUGGUUUAUCAGAAGUUAGGGAGGAUGAGUGAGGCGAUUGAGUGUUUCCAACGAGCUCUGGAGAAAGAUCAAACGUAUUUGGCAGCGAUGUUGCAUCUCGGGAUAAUGUAUCGUGAAUGUGGUAAAACAGAAGAUGCGUUUCGUUGUUUUAUGGACGAUCGUUUUGAAAGAAUUAACGAUAAUAAACUGCUGGCCCAGGUUCAUCAGGCGAGAGGGUUAAUUUGUGAGGAAAUGAAAAGAGCGAUCGAAUUGUUGGAAUUGGUUCGGGAGGAGACUCCUGAGUCGAAGUGUGCACUGGAGGAGGCGUUGAGGGAGAAUCUUUUCCAUCGAGGGAUGGUAAGGUCCGAGUUGGGAGACUAUGAGAAGGCUCUGGAAGAUCUCAGCGAACGAGGAAUGUGUUGGAAGUAUCUCGGAAACCUUCCAGAAGCAAUAUCAGACCUAUCAGCAGCCGUUGAGAAAUCGGGCGGCAAGGUGUUGGAGUAUCUUAGUAAUCGAGCUCAGUGUUUUCUAGAGUAUGGGCUGUACGGCCGAGCUGAUGAUGAUUUAUGUAAGGCGAUAGCGAUGGGAGAUUGUGAUGGUGAUGGCAACUAUCUCUAUUAUCGUCGAGGAGUCGCACGUUUCGUACAACUACGGUAUGAGGAAGCUAUUAAGGAUCUAGAGAGGGCGGUCGAGUCUGAUCGGCCUCCUGAAGAGUGUAUGGCUGAUUUGUAUUAUCAUCUUGGAGUGUGCGAGGUUCUACGGUGGCAACCACUGAACUCUCGAGCGUUGUUUAGAAGGGCAUUCAGCUUCAAGGCCUUGAAGAUGUUUGACGAGGCGGCUGAGGACUUCGAAGCAGCAAGGGAGCUUGAGCCGGAUGACAUUAGAUUUGUGGUUGACUAUAAGAAGAUCGCUGAUUUUGAAACGGUUACUCUUUGUCCGGCUGGGCAUGAGGACCAGUUGGUGUAUCGAGACCCCGGACCACGACCAGAGGAUAGUGUCGAUGAGGGUUUGGUCAAGUUUGAGAAGCUGAUAGCUGAAGUCGUCGAUGAUGCUCCAGUUACUGCAUGA